CUGUGUCAUAACGUUAAAAUUUUAAAAUUAUAUCAAUUUGGCUACGACUACACCGUUAAUACGUACGCAGCCAACAAAAACAGCGCCACCUAGUGACGAUUUUUGUUGUAUACAGCAGUAAACCACGCCUUCUUUUCUAUUUGUCCGCCAUUUUAGUUCUCAAGGCGUUCCACCGUUCGCCUUAUCGUGUAUUUUUGAUCGUUGUGAGGAUAUUAUCAUUUCUCCAUGUUUUUCCGAAGCGAAAACUGACUUUACGUAAGAACGAAAAAGCCGUCCGUUCUGUUGUUAUUUCGCUAGGUUAUCUAUCGCACUGUAAAUGGGUUUCCGGAGCCAAUUCCAAAACUAGCGCAUUCCCCUUCGAGCCCGUAUUCCCCUUCCAAGCCGAAGUUGCGUUUGUAGCAGCGAAAUUAAGGUUUUUUUUACUUCGGAAAGAUUUUAACCUCAUGACAAGAUAACGUCACUCCGUCUCGUACCUUUAGAAGUAUCUGCUAGCAAAAUGGAAUCCUAACCUCACAUUUAAGCUUAUGUGAACGCUUGGUCGGACCUCACCACACACAUGGUAACGUGGUUGUUUACUAGAAACGGAGCGAAGCCAAUCGAAGGGUAUCGUCGCAGCAUGAUCAGUAGUCAUCCUGUGUGCUCUGACCGGGACCGUAGUGUUGGUGGUAUUGGGUACAAGUAGUGGUAGUAGCACUAGCUGUUGUUUACGAGAUUUUACUACCUGUACGAGUGGUUGUGUUUGGCUGAGAAAGUCCGAAACAAAUUCGCUAGAUCGUCUUUCCUGGCCGAAAUUAGUGCAAAUGCAAUGAAGAUACAUCAGUUACCUAACCUCUCUUAUGGAGAGAUAUGCGAAGAAUUUUGCCGCCGCUUCGUGAUUGUGUGUGCACAAAAAAGCCUUUUGGAGUGUUGGGUGCAAAAAUCGUAAAGCACUGCUAAGGCGUACAGGAUCGCAUUGAAAUGCACAAAGAGUAUCAGACAUUGGUUGGUUCCAAAACAACAAAUACAAGUUUUAAAUGUGUAUGACUUCGCGGACACGUGUGCAUGUGAGUAUGUGUUUUGAUUCCAAUAUUUUCUCCCGAGUGCAACCAGAUGGUGCGAAAUGGGAGCACGAGAAGCGACAUGAUACUAAGGAGAUUUCCGUUCCAUUGCUGACUAGAUCGGAUCCAACGACAGCUAUAACGCACACACGAAACGAACGGAGUAUCCUGUAAGGUUAACAAUGUACGGCCAAACGGCCUGUUCCGUGCAAUUUCAGUUAGUUUUCCAAACUGCACGUAACUAAGCGGCCAUCUUAAAAGUUGAUAUGUAGUGUGCGGUUCGUCGUUCGGUGUUAAUUUUUCGUGCAGAAAAUAUGUUUGCAAGUGUGAUAAAUAGUGUGAAUUGGACAAGCAUGUAAAUUAAUUAUUGAGGAACAGCCAUUCUAGCUUUGUCAUGGAUAGGUUUAAAUUAUUAGCAGUGUUUACGUGAACGUGAAAGUGUGUCAAACAAUUGAUUUACAACAAAACAGUUCAACAAUGGUAAUGUUUGAGUUAUUACUUCGGUAUUAAGUGAAAUAUAAGAGACGAACAUUAAAUAGUGACCAUCUUAUCAGUUCGGCGAAAUUGGUUGCAACUCUUCAGUAUAGGGAAAAUGAUCGAUCAGCAACCAAAGUUAUCAUACUUUCCCAUCGAGUCCAAGUGCAGUGCCGGCCAACCGGAACCGGAUCCAGGCGGUUCGCUGACGAACGAAAACGCCAACAGUGCGAACAGUGCAAACAUCAACGCCAAUGUGUCCACCGACAGCAACACGGUUGCCCCCGGUCCUGGAAUGAACGGUAGCAACAGUAGCUGCAGUGCAAAAACACCAAUUACGACCCAACCGUCGGUAACGCGCUCCUCCCAGCAAGGUUAUUCAUCCACCGGUGGCAGUGUAACGGCACCCACGUUGGCCGAAGGACAGAGACUGUUGCUUGCCGCAGUGAUGACGGCCGGCAGUGGUACCGGGGAAGUACACGGUGAAGGGAAUGGGGGCGACUCCGAGAACCUGGCCGGGCUGUUGGGGACGUCCCUGUGCGGGCAGUGCUGUGGUCCGAUCUGCGAUCGCUACAUCAUGAAGGUGGUCGACAUCACCUACCACGAACGAUGCCUCCAGUGUACCUCCUGCUCGAUCCGGCUCAUGCAUUCCUGCUUUAUGCGCGAUGGGAAGCUGUACUGUCGCUUCGACUAUGAGCGACUGUACGGCCGGAACAGAUGCCUCGGAUGUGGUGAAAAGAUUGGUGCCGACGAGCUGGUAAUGCGCGCCCUGGAUAAUGUGUUCCAUCUGAAGUGCUUCAUCUGCGUCGUCUGCGGUGUUCGGCUGCAGAAGGGCGAUCAGUACGUCAUCAAGCAGAGUCAGCUGUUCUGUCGGCCCGACUAUGAGAAGGAGGUGGAAAUGUUCCAGGGCUACAGUUACGAUGAUUACUGCUGUGAUGACAUGUUCCAGACACGUAUUGACGGUCGGCGGGGUCCGAAACGGCCUCGAACUAUUCUAACGACACAGCAGCGUCGUGCCUUUAAGGCUUCGUUCGACAUAUCGCCCAAACCGUGUCGGAAAAUUCGUGAAGGAUUAGCAAAAGAUACCGGGCUUAGUAUAAGGAUCGUACAGGUAUGGUUCCAAAACCAACGCGCCAAGAUGAAGAAAAUCCAAAAGAAGCAGCUCAAAGAAGGUGGCAAAUCAUCACAUCAUGGCAGUGUCGGCGGAAACGCCGGUAGCAACAAAAACCACAACGGCAGCAACGUUAAAGGAAACGAUUCUCAGGAAGAACUGUCUGAUAACGAGAGUGCCGUCGGUGGAAAAUUGUCGCUUCGCAUCAAAGACGAAAACUCGAGAUCAAACAAUUACCUUCACGAUAGCUGCAGUGAUAAUGAGGGCACCGUUACGGACAAUGACGGUGGUCCGUACGGUGGAACGGCUGCUCGCCUUGGUCUUGGAGGAUCAGACCCGUACAAGAUUGUGAAGGAAGAGCUGGACCUCGAGGACGACUACUUUCGCAUGUCAAUGUCAACUCCCAACCAACAUCUUCAUCAUCACCAUCACCACCAUCAGCAUCACCUUCAGCAUCAUCCCCAGACACCGGGCGGUCGGUUCGGUGGGAAAUCCUUUGCAAAUGAACAUCAUGCGAACACUAGCAUUAAGACAGAAAAUAUUGGACUCGACUCGACAACGAUGCUCCCUGCGAAUGGAACCAGCAUGGACUACGGUGUGUCAUUGCAACAAUUGGCUUCAUCUAUGAACGGAGGUUCCCUGCCGAACGGUGGAAACGGAAACGGAGGUCCCACCGCAUCCCAUGAGCCUAUCGGUCCAAUGGUUAACCCGAUUGAUCGGCUUUAUUCGAUGCAGAAUUCAUACUUUUGCAAUCAGGACAAUCCGACAAUCUCCUGUACUUCCACACCAACCGGCCAUCCAGGUACACCACCGGCUGGAACGCAUCAUCGUCCAACGCCCGGCUCGGGUUCACAGCAACCGAAUCCGAUGCAUCUUCAACAACCUGGACUGCAGCAACAGCCAUUGCAAUCGCACCACUUCCCAACACCGUCUAACAUUGGACCGAAUAUGGUUAGCUUAGGAAGUUCUAACGUAGGGAUGGGACAACACAUGAUUGGUAUGUGCAAUUCUAUGUUAGAACAACAACAGCAUCAGCAACAACAGCAUCAACAACAGCAGCAGCAGCAGGAAAGUGUAAUGUAAUCCGAAUAAACAGUGGUAGCCACGGAUUCAAGUGUAAAAUGCAGUUGAUCAUAAGAAAUAGCAACAGAUGAAUUGAUCACCUUUGUUUUAGUUUCAUUAAAAAAAUGUUAACAAACUGUUUA